AUGGAUGAAUUUGAAAAAUAUACAUCUCGGCUAAGAAAAGAGGAAAAGAGCGAAACGGAAAAUGCGUGGGAGGGGCUGCGAGUGUGGGUUUUAUGUACGAAGGUGGAGCUGAGCAUGAGGUUUGGAGAGGAUGGAAAGUCUACCACCAUCGCGAGGAAGGCCAUCGUCGGCUGGCUUAUCUCGCUUCUCGACCCCAACCACCAUGAUUCGAUUAUGGAGUUGGUUGUCGCCACCGUGUCACUGCUCGUCUCCUCCAGCGAUUUGGCGUGCGUUCAAGGAGGGUUCCCUCGAUCCCCUGCUCAGAAUCAUCGAAUGCGGCUCCAUGCUGGUGAAAAAAAAAGCCACCGCAACCGUCAAUUCACCCAAAUCCACGCCGUUUGCUCCGGCGCUGCGGAAAGGCGAUGGUACUGCCCUGUUGCUCCGGUGCGGGGGUUCGGUGAUGGAGCGGCUCAAGUGCUGUUUGUGGUGCUGCUCUGUCUCUGUUUCUCGAUCGUUGACCAUCGUAGAGCUGCGGUGGGUUUUGGACGAGGUGAGGCUCUAUGGGAAGGGGUCGGGUGCGGCUCUAGAGGCUCACGGCUUACGGCUGGAGUGGCUAGGGCUGCUUCUAUGGAUCUGCUCCUCUCUCCGAUUCUCUGGCGCUGGGCCCAGGGGUGUAGUCGUGCGCAAACUCCGUAG